AAUUUUUCUUCAGAACAUUUAUAUAAUUAAAACAUGGACGAAGAAUACGACGCCAUCAUCUGUGGUACUGGGUUAAAGGAAUGUAUCAUCUCAGGACUUCUUGCUCAGAAAGGCAAGAAGGUUCUCCACCUUGACAGGAAUUCAUACUACGGUGCAGACUGCGCCAGUCUGAACUUGACCAAUCUUUGGGAAAAAUUCCGGCCAGGCCAAGAUCCUCCUGCUGAAUUUGGACACAAUAGGGACUGGAAUGUUGACAUGAUCCCUAAAUUCGUCAUGGCCAACGGAAAACUGGUCAAGAUGCUUCUCAAAACUACUGUUGACAAGUAUCUCGAAUGGAAAACAGUUGAAGGAACUUAUGUUUACCAGUAUUCUAAAGGAGGAUUCUUCUCAUCAGGUGGAGGAAAAAUUUUCAAAGUCCCAGGAAACGACUCUGAAGCUCUGAAAUCGAGCUUGAUGGGGCUUUGGGAGAAGAAGAGAUGUAAAAAUUUCUUCGUGUAUGUUCAAGACAUUGAAGAGGAUAACCCAGACACAUGGGGAAAGAUUGACAUUAAGGCCCAGCCAAUGGCAGAUGUGUUCAAAAAGUUCAAGCUAGAAGCUAAUACCAUCGAUUUCAUUGGCCAUGCAGUUGCCAUGCAUAUUAACGACAAUUACCUUGAUGAACCAGCAUACUUGACAAUUCAGAAGAUCAAGUUGUAUAUUGAUUCUAUUGGUAGAUAUGGAGAACACCCAUUCUUGUAUCCCAUCUAUGGGCUCGGUGGAAUCCCAGAAGGCUUCUCAAGAUUUUGUGCCAUUCACGGAGGAACCUACAUGCUCAACAAGCCAAUCGAUGAAGUACUUUUCGGCUCUGAUGGAAAAGUGGUCGGAGUGAAAUCAGGAGAUGAAGAAGCCAAAGCUCCGAUUGUAAUCUGUGAUCCAUCCUAUGUUAGAGACACUACCGGAAACAUUACUUCGGUCGGAAGAGUGAUUAGAAGCAUCUGUAUUUUAGACCAUCCAAUUCCAAAUACUAAAGACUCAACUUCUACCCAGAUUAUCAUUCCUCAGAAGCAGGUGAAAAGAGGCUCAGAUAUUUUCAUCAACAUGGUUUCUGGAGGUCAUGCAGUUUGUGCACAAGGGCUCUAUGUUGCCAUGGUCAGCACAAUUGUUGAGACUGACGACCCAGAGUCUGAAAUUGAGCCAGCUCUGGCUUUGUUAGGAGACGUUCUUGAGCAGUUCACUACUAUUCAGGAUCUUUAUGCCCCAGCUCACGAUGGAACUGAAAACAAUCUGUUCAUUACUACCAGUUACGAUCCAACCUCUCACUUUGAGUCAGCUAGUGACGACGUGCUGAGCAUUUACAAAAGAAUCUUCGGAGAAGACUACGAUUUGACUAUCUCAGCAGAGGAAGGCAAGGAAGAGGAAUAAUGUAAUUAGUUUCAAAAUCAACUAAUCUUC